AUGUCACAAGGAAAUGUCACCGAAGUCACUGACUUCUACCUUCUGGGAUUUGGGGUCCAGCAACAAACUCAAUGUGUUCUCUUCAUGGCAUUUCUUGUGAUCUACAUAACAUCCAUGCUGGGUAACACUGGCAUGAUCGUCCUCAUCAACGCUGACUCCAGACUUCAGACUCCCAUGUACUUCUUCCUACAACAUCUGGCUUUUGUUGAUAUCUGUUACACAUCUGCCAUCACUCCCAAGAUGCUGAAGAGCUUCAUGGUAAAAGAUGGCUCCAUAUCAUACACAGGAUGUAUAAUACAAUUGUUGGUGUAUGCCACAUUUGCAACUAGUGAUUGUUACCUCCUCGCUGUGAUGGCAGUGGACCGGUAUGUGGCCAUCUGUAGGCCUCUUCACUACCCCAUAAUCAUGUCUCGACAAGUCUGCAUACAGUUGGUAGCUCUUUCUUAUCUCAUGGGAUCAAUAAAUUCCUCGGUACACACAGGAUUUACAUUUUCAUUGUCUUAUUGUAAUUCCAAAGAUAUCAAUCACUUUUUCUGUGAUGUUGUCCCAAUCAUCACUCUCUCUUGCUCCGACAUUGCCAUUAAUAUCAUGCUACUUACGGUUUUUGUUGGCUUUAACCUGACGUUCACUGUGUCAGUCGUUAUCUUCUCCUACAUCUACGUCAUGGCCGCCAUCCUAAAGAUGUCCUCUACUGCAGGGAGGAAGAAAACCUUCUCCACGUGUGCCUCCCACCCGACAGCCGUCACCGUUUUCUAUGGAACCCUGGCUUACAUGUACUUACAGCCUCAUUCUGACAGUUCUGAGGAGAAGAUGAAAGUGGCCUCUGUGUUUUAUGGCAUUGUGAUUCCCAUGUUGAACCCUCUGAUCUACAGCUUGAGAAACAAAGAGGUCAAAGAGAGUUUUAAAGCAAUGAGCAGAAAGUUCUUUAGAUUGAACUCUAAUCCUUGA